ACGUCCCGCCCACAAGCGUGAAACAGACAAACAUGGCAGCUUCCACAGACAUCAUCUUGGGGACCUCAGCGUCCAUCGCUGGCAUUUUAAAUGAAAAACACGGACCUGAACACUUGCAGACUUUAAAAACAUUUACAGCUGCGCUGCGGGAUGUCGAAUACAGAGAUGCUGUGGAGGAGGAGACAUUCUCCACUCUUGUGAAAGUCCUGACCAGACUAUGUGAAGAGCUGCAGGCUGCCGGCUUGGACAGUGAGGAUGUGCAGACUUUUACCCUGCAGCUCCAGCUGACCGCAGAGUGCUUCAGAGCUCAGAGGAACUCCUGUGUCCAGAGUAAACGUAACCAGAGUCUGCUCAGGGAACUUGGUUUCAUUGAUGUAUCCCUCAAACUCCUGAGAUUUCUGUCAACUGUAAAUAUGGAGAUUCCAGAUACCAUAUUCGAACCUCUUCGCUGUGGCAUCCAGUUUCUUGGUAACUUGGCUGUUGGUAACCAGUUGUGCAAAGAUGACAUUUGGAUGAUAAGCUUCCCAGACCUUUUCCUGCAGCUGCUUAGCACUGACGAUGAGAAGACCGUGAACUACACCUCGAUGGUAAUCCACACAUGCCUGGAUGAGGCCAAGGUGGAAGAUUUGUCCAAGCCACAGAACAUUGAGCUGGCUCUCAGGGUGAUGGAGCUCUGCAGGACUCAGCCUGAGCUGGACUGGACAGUGCUCAUUGCAACACAGCAUUUCCUGAGGUCUUCGUCACUGGUGGAGAACAUGUACUCUGAGAUGUCUCACCAUGAUAGAGUUACUUUAUUAGAGCUACUUUUAGCCCAGCUAAGAGAGGAGGGCUCAGAAGACUGUGGCAUCCCUCCCAGUGUGGCUCGUUUCCUGGCCACUUCCUUCCAGAAAGGUUGUGGAGCUGUUCUCACACUUGCUACGGGUUCUGCGUCCAGUGAUGAGGUCCUGCAGGAGGCGCUAACAGUGAUUAGUCUGCUGGAUGUGCUGUGUGAGAUGACCUCAGACCACAAGCAGUUCAUGUUCCUACAGGAUCAUCCAGACCUUCUAGUAACUACUGUUGAGCUCCUGGAGCAGGUACACGCCACCGGGAAGGCCAGUAAGAAUAUUUUCAGUGCUGCUCAGAACUUCUCCUCCUUCAGUGGAGAUGGAGACUCUUCUUCUUAUUCUCCUGUCAUCAGCUUUAAGGCACACCUCAUCAGGCUCAUAGGAAACCUCUGCCACAGCAAUACCAACAACCAGAACAAGGUGCGAGAACUUGAAGGCAUCCCCCUCAUCUUGGAUAACUGCAACAUUGACAGCAACAAUCCUUUCAUCAGCCAGUGGGCAAUCUUCACCAUCAGGAACCUCCUGGAGCACAACUCGGAGAACCAGAAACUGAUUGCCACUUUGGAACGCUGCGGCACAGCUGACUACUCCGCGCUCAGGGAGUUGGGUUUCCUGGUGGAAGAGCGAGAUGGAACCUUGCUGCUCAAACCUGUCAGGAAAGACUCCUAAAAAACAUCUGCGAGGCUGCGAGGAGAAAGAAGGUCCUCAACCCAUGAACAGGUUUCCAUGUAAAGUAGAAGGGAAUACAUGAAAUGUGUACGCUAAUGGGUGAACAUGCAGCUUGUGUUAAAAGCCUCAUGAAUGUUACCAAGUACUUGAGCAGCUUCUUCAGGUUAAAGGCCUGCUUAUUAUUAGACAAAUAUUAUCUGCGCCUGUCCAGAAUAACUAACAGUCACACUGCUGCCCACACAAUAAUCAAAAAAGUGCAUUCAGAAAAGUAUGUAUUAUGCUCUAUAACAUACUUUUCUACCUCAGUAAUGCUGGUACUCAAGCCUAAACUAUUAUGUACACAAAAGAUCUGUGGUAUAGAAGCAGAGGUCAGGAUGCCAGGAGCUCUGGCUUUGUCUUGAUCCGAGUCUGUGAAAUGAAGAGUUUGUUAGUGGCGAGCACAUGCUGGUAACUUUUGGCAGGGCUGAUGCUUUGCGGUUUAAUCCAAAGACAAAGAGCACUGCAGUAUCCUGGCUUUUUGCUUUUCACAGACACAGAUGAUACCAGCAGGGGUUUGGGUUUAAUCCCAGGCCCAUAGUGACUUCUGCAGUAACCAUGAAACAGAGAAUGACCAAAACAUGAUGUAAUCUACCCCCUCCCUGCCUUACCUAAUUAAACGGAGGCAUCUUGGUCAUGAUAUGAAGACCUUAUUCAAGUAUUUCCAAUAUCCACUUAUCUACACAGAUAUGGUAUUAAUGAUAUUAUAAGCUAAGGCGAUUUAAGGGGGAAAUGCAGUAAUACAAAUGCAUGUGUUGUUAUUUAAAAACAAGGCCCAGUGUGUUUACUGUGUUUUUUGCUUGGCUUUCCAAUUAUUCUUGUUUUAGGAUUAUAACAGUAUUAGUUAAAUACUUAACAUAGUUUUGUGAAUUUCACCCUAAUCUUCUAUUUCUAUCCAUUAAUGAUUAUAAAUAAGUCAUUAGAGAGAUCAUGGCAUGCAGGAUGACUUCUAACCAUCCUAGGAUAACACCAACUUACACUUCACAAUACUUUGAGCAAUUUAUUAUUUAUUAUACCAGACUGCGGAGACUUUUCCUGGAAUAUUUGAUCAAUAUUGUAUUUCCUAUUUAGCUGUAGCCGUGUUUGGUCUGCUGACCUGUGAUAGCAAUUCUACAUCAGUAGGCAGUAGAUAAGAACAUACUGGAAUUGUGCAUCUGCAGAGCGAGUGAGAGGAAUCGGACCAUAAGCAUUAGUUUGCAGAAUGACAUCCCUCCUGCUGCUGGAUAAGCUGAACGGUCCUGACAACUCAACAAAGCAGCGCUUUAUGCGCCUGCCAACACCCUGCUCCACCCUGUUUGCUCUGCCCCUGAUUUUUUAAUGACAAAAUGUGUUGAAACAAUUGGUCGGACUCUCCUCUCGAUCCGCCAACAUAGUGAAGGGAGCUUAUGGGGUUCCGGUCCCCAGGAUUUCAGACGGCUAACAAAACAGCUGUUAGUCGCACUUGACUGAAUGGCUGCAAUGCUUUUCAGCCUCACAGGAAAGAGCCUGUGCAAGUCAGCCCGCCUGAAUGAGGUGGCAUGGCUGCAGCCAUGUGGUCAUCUCCUAACACAUUAGUACCACAUUGGUCAAGGUCAUGAUUUCUUGUUUCCCAUGUCAGCGUUUUACACCACAGGCCUCUACUAUAAUGUACUUGUGCCUUCUGGUUGGGGUUUCAAAGCUUCAUUUUCUUUGGGUUGUACUAUGAGUUAAUGAAUAAUGAGUUUAAUGCGUAAUAAAGGACUGCGUGUAUCAAA